UCAUCCACAGUUUGAAGGACGCCUCUUGUUGCAGUUGUGGCCAUGCUAUUAAAAUACUGACAGAAGGGAUUUAGUAUUUUAAUGCUCAAGCACUUUCUGUUUCCAGACUGGUCUAACUUAUUGGUUGGUUGGUGGUUUGAUCGACUGUGUGAGUGAUGUGGUGAGAGAAGCCUUGAGUUUUUCCAGGUGUUUGGGGGUGUGCAUGUCCAUGACCUGUAGCGGACUAUAGUGAUGAAACGUUUGUAGCCUCUGACAAACUAACCUCCGAAAGAGGAUGUUGGUGGUUGAGUCCUGGCACUCAGUGAAACUGUUGAAUCGAGACUCCCUACCAGCGGUUUUUCAACGUGGGCGACACGGCGCUGAUAAAUGGAGCCGCUGGAUGGGAGCCUAUGACUGAUCUGUGAAUGGGAAUCUAGCGGCAUGGAGGCAGAAGGCUGCUGCUGCUGCUGCGGCGGGGAGGAGGCGGCAGGACUUCGACACAACACCUUGAUCCAACUUCUCCGUCAGAGAGAGACUCGGUUCCAGCGGAUGGCUCAGGUUCUGUUAGUGGCGCUGCUCGUCACCGCUGCAGCGGCUCUGGCUCUGCUGUUCACGGUCGUUCUGAACGGGCGAGGUCAGCAGGCAGCGGACACACAGCCCAUGAAGCAGACGGGCAGCCGUUCACCAGACAUCUGCGUCACACAGCAGCAACAUCACCACCUUGACAAUCCAAGUGUGAUGCUAACAGCUCCAAGUACCAAUCAGAUUCCUGGAGAAUUCCUUGAAUGGGAGAGCGAGAUUGGAAAUAUCCACUGUCAUGGAGGCUUCAACUACUCCAGUGGGAACCUCAUGGUGCCCAGAAAAGGCAUUUACAGAGUCUUCCUGCAGAUCACCUACGAGAGUGUGAAUGCGUGUACGGAAGCGACUAAGCGACUCAUCAGUGAGGUGUUUUAUAUCACAAACAGUUACAAUGACAACAGGCGUCUCCUGUCAUCAGAAGACACAGUGAGUUGCAGUUUAAAGCCCUGGAGAAAAUCCCUCUAUACAUCCGGCUUGUUUGUCCUGGAGGCUAACAGCAGACUACGAGUUAAGUCGUCACACCCUGAACUUAUUGUUAACAAACAAUACCUGGUGUUCUUUGGUGCUGAGCUUCUGCCCCAGUCAUCUGGUCAGACAGUCAGAGUCACCUAAAUCCAUCUGGAGGUUUCCUGCACCCUCCACUCUGUGAACACCUAAUGGAGGAAACCAGUGUAGAUAUGGUUUCCUCUUACUAUUACAGCUCAUGAAAAGUCUGAAUCCCCUGAUGAUGAUGAUGCAGCAGCAGCAAGAAGCUACUAAUAUCUGCUCAGCUGCAGGUUUGCUUUAUCUCAAUGAAGUUAUAAGCUUAACCUUAAUCAUUUCCCUUUCAUAUACUAUCACAAAAGGCAUCUAUAUUUUCCUAAGAACAUCCCUAAUAUGUGUAAUUGUAAUAAUUCCAUCUUCUUACAGGUUUUAUAUUAUUGUCAACUGAAUAUGAUUCUCGAGAAAAAAUAGAAAAGCUUCAUUCCCUAAAAUAUUAUGGCUUAGAUUUGAAUAUUUCUUGUUUACGUGGGGAAAGUUCAGAAGGAUCAUUCUUUGAGGAGCAUGAAUUGCCAGUGUUAGUUCUGUGCUGUUGGUGGAGCUCUAAAUGUCUCGUCUUGGAGGAUGUCUUAUCAGCAUCCUUGGGUUUUCCCCCCAGCUUUAAAGACGAAAGACUGUUGUUCUUCUCUCGAUUUUUUGCUGCCAUGAAAGUUUUAUCCUUUAAGAGACUAACACAAUCUGUUAGCCUGAGGGUGAGCCCUGUCUUGUUCAAUGUUAGUUAAAAUAGCACUCAGUAGUUUGUUUGAUAAACCCUGUGGGAAAAACCCUUCACUGAGAUUAAAAACAACUCAGGAACCAUCGUGUUAAAUAGAUGUCAACUGGAUAAAUAUCCACAGAAAAAAAACAAGGCUUUGGAAGCAUAAUCCUUAAACACAGGCCUGUCAAGACAGGAGAAACUGUAAAACAGAAGCCAGAUACUAUGACGUAUGAAUUUGUGAAGGAAAGGACUUUUGAUUUUGUGGAAAAGCAGAAGUGAAGGGAAAGAUUAGAGCAAGGGAAAAUAACAGAGGUCAGCAGAGGAAGAAAAGGCAAAUAUAUUUUUGUCAAUCAGCCCGUCCAUUAUUUUCUGUAAAGCUAUAGAUUCUAAAGUGGUCAGUGUAACACGUGUAUCAUUAGUAUUAAAACAAGUUUUUACUAUAGUACCAUGUACAUUUUGUCCCACAGACACGUUGUGUUUGAAUGUACUCAGUACUGUGGGACAGCAUUGGUUAUUUAGUGCUCAUCAUAGUGAAGUGUGGUUGGUAAUACCAGAGAAGGCUGAACCACUCUGUGUCAUUAAUUUGUACAUGUCUUAUAGUGUGUUGCUGUUGCCAGCUCAGUGGCUUUCACUAGGAAGGUCUGAAGAGUGAUCAACAGUGCAGAGUUACUGGCAGACUAUCACACAUAAACCCAGCCCACACCCACACACUCCUGCAACAUUUCUGUGUUAUGUCUGCCUGUGUUAUGGUUUUAUCAGGUGAUAAAUAUGAGAAGUACAGAAAUACUUUCAUCAUUGCUUAACACAGAAGUUCUACUCCUCUUGUGCAUUUUGAAGUUUGAGGGUUUUUUCCUCUCCAGUACCAGUGUAGAUGUGUUAGGGUUAGGGUUAGAAAAUGUUGCAGCUCACUUUCGACACUUUCAUCAAUGUUGUUUUACACCUGUUGUGAAAGUAACCCAUUAAAGUAGAAUGUGCUGGAAACAUGAAAGGACAUGCAAUGUGGGAAGUAUCUCCAGUACUCCAGUGUAUUUGUGUGUGAAUCAGUUAGAUUUUUUUUUUUUUCUUUUUACCAUGGGGUUCAUUGUAAGCUGGUAAAAAAAUAUGGAAAGGGUUUUCUCUGGUAAGGUGCUGUAGGACAUGUGUGCUUAUAGAAACAUAUUUAACGAGGCUAAGGAUGUGGGUUUGUUGUUUUUGUUUUGUGUUUUUUGUUUAAAUUGAAUUAUUUAAUUCAUUGCUUGGGCACUUUGUACUCAGAGUUGGUGCUAUGCAAAUUGACUUUUUCCUACUUUGAAAGAAAUGAUCAUACCAUUUGUUUGUGUGUAUGUUGUGAAAUAAUUAAUAAAUAAAAAAAAAACCUUGAA